GGGCGCACAAAGCGCAUGCGCUCUUGCACCGCUUGCCUACCGGAAGCAGCUGAGGCUUUCCCCGCCCGCGUGCCCGACGCAUUGCGCAGGCGCACUUCUAUCUCUCCGCUCUCCCUCCCCGCCACGGCCGCCUCCUCUGCAUCCUCCACGCCAGCGCCUCAGGAACGGGAGCAACUUCCGCUUCCGGGCGAGCGGCGCGGGGCUGCUGGGGAGGGGGUGGGGGCGGCACUUCCGGUCGGGGUCUCGGGUCUCCCCGGAGCGGCGGCGCGUCCUCCGCCUCCUCGGCCUCCUCCCGGCGGAGACCCCGGCGCCGGGUCCUCCACUGCCGUUGAGAUGGAGGGGAACCCCGCGGGGGGCGGCGGGAGCAGCGGCCUGGGUGGCGAGGACGGUGUGCAUUUCCAGAGCUACCCCUUCGACUUCCUGGAGUUCCUGAACCACCAGCGCUUUGAGCCUAUGGAGCUGUACGGGGAGCACGCCAAGGCCGUGGCUGCGCUGCCCUGCGCCCCAGGACCCCCGCUGCAGCCGCCGCCGCAGCCCCCGCCGCCGCAGUUUGACUACCCGCCGCCCGCCAGCUUCAAGCCCAAGGCCGAGGCUCCAUCCUCAGCCUCCUCUUCCUCUUCUUCCUCGUCCUCCUCUUCCUCAUCCUCCACCUCCUCCACUCAAUCCAAGAAGCCUGACCCACCCCUGCCACCCGCCUUUGGGGCGCCCCCGCCCCCGCUCUUCGAUGCCGCCUUCCCUGCGCCCCAGUGGGGCAUUGUGGACCUUUCGGGCCACCAGCACCUGUUCGGGAACCUGAAGCGCAGUGGGCCUGCGGCGGGCCCAGCUGUGGCGCCGGGUCUGGGUGGGCCUGCGGGGACCCCGGGGCCACUUCCCGUGCCCCCACAGACCCCACCGGGCCCUGCCGCUGCAGGGGCCGCCUGCGACCCAGCCAAGGAUGACAAGGGCUACUUCCGGCGGCUCAAAUACCUGAUGGAGCGGCGCUUCCCGUGCGGCGUGUGCCAGAAGUCUUUCAAGCAGUCCUCGCACCUGGUGCAGCACAUGCUAGUGCACUCGGGUGAGCGGCCCUAUGAGUGCGGCGUGUGUGGCCGCACCUACAACCACGUGUCCAGCCUCAUCCGCCAUCGCCGCUGCCAUAAGGACGCGCCGGCCACAGGGGCUCCUCCACCACCAGCCUCUGGUGCCCCUCUUGCACCUGCGCUGGGCCUCGCCCAGGGGUCCGCUGCGCCUGCCUCCACCACUGCGGGCGUCACCCCUGCCCCAGUGGGGCCCCCUGCCGCUCCCGCACCCCCAGCUGACGGCAGCGCCACCCCCGCUCCUGCAGGUGUCGCAGCGCCCCCUGUGGCUACCGCGAGUGGAGACGGCCCGUUCGCUUGCCCGCUGUGCUGGAAGGUGUUCAAGAAGCCCAGCCACCUGCACCAGCACCAGAUCAUCCACACCGGCGAGAAGCCCUUCUCUUGCUCUGUGUGCAGUAAGAGCUUCAACCGGCGCGAGAGCCUCAAGCGGCACGUGAAGACACACUCGGCCGACCUGCUGCGCCUGCCGUGCGGUGUGUGUGGCAAAGCCUUCCGCGAUGCCGCCUACCUGCUCAAGCACCAGGCGGCGCACGCGGGCGCGGCGGCGGGUGGGGCACGCCCGGCCUACGCCUGCGAGCUGUGCGGGAAGUCCUACUCUGCCCCGCAGAGCCUGCUGCGCCACAAGGCCGCGCACGCGCCGCCGCCUGCCUCCGAAGUGCCCAAGGACCCGGCGGCCCCAGCAGUGGCGCCACCCACGCCCACCUUCCCUGCUGGCCCCUACCUGCUGCCUGCCGAGCCGCCUGCCGGCGACAGUGAGAAGGCGGCGGCGGCGGCAGCAGCUGUGGUGUACGGGGCAGUGCCCGUGCCGCUGUUGGGUGCGCACCCGCUGCUGCUGGGUGGGCCAGGGGCCGGCGGCACGGGCGGCUCUGGGGCCGCAGCAGCGAAGACCUUCUGCUGCGGGAUCUGUGGGCGGGGCUUCGGCCGCCGAGAGACGCUGAAGCGCCAUGAGCGCAUCCACACGGGCGAGAAGCCACACCAGUGCCCGGUGUGCGGGAAGCGCUUCCGCGAGUCUUUCCAUCUGAGCAAACACCACGUGGUGCACACGCGCGAGCGGCCUUACAAGUGCGAGCUCUGCGGCAAGGUCUUUGGCUAUCCGCAAAGCCUCACGCGCCACCGCCAGGUGCACCGGCUCCAGCUGCCCUGCGCCCUGGCUGGGGCCGCGGGGCUGCCAGCUGCCCAGGGUGCCGCGGGAGGCUGUGGGGCCGGGGCCUCCGGGGCUGGGGGUGCGGGCCCCACUGACACGCUCAGCUAUGCCUGUUCGGACUGCGGGGAGCAUUUUCCCGACCUCUUCCACGUCAUGAGCCACAAGGAGGCACACAUGUCGGAGAAACCCUAUGGCUGCGACGCCUGUGGCAAGACAUUUGGUUUCAUCGAGAACCUCAUGUGGCAUAAGCUGGUGCAUCAGGCUGCCCCCGAGCGCCUGCUUGCACCCACGGGCCAGCAGUCCUCAGAGGGCUCAGGUGGCACUGAUGCGGCCCUUGUGCUGGACAACGGAUUGGCUGGAGAGGUGGGCGCAGCUGUGGCGGCCCUGGCUGGGGUGUCCGGGGGUGAGGACGCAGGCGCCGCGUCCACUGCGGCUGGCGGGGGCGCGGGUGCGGGCGCAGAACGCUUUAGCUGCGCCACGUGUGGCCAGAGCUUUAAGCACUUCCUGGGGCUGGUGACCCACAAGUACGUGCACCUGGUGCGGCGGACCCUGGGCUGCGGCCUCUGUGGCCAGAGCUUCGCGGGCGCCUAUGACCUGCUCCUGCACCGCCGCAGCCACCGGCAGAAGCGCGGCUUUCGCUGCCCGGUGUGCGGGAAGCGCUUUUGGGAGGCAGCCUUGCUCAUGCGCCACCAGCGCUGCCACACAGAGCAGCGGCCCUACCGGUGCGGCGUGUGUGGCCGAGGCUUCCUGCGUUCCUGGUACCUGCGGCAGCACCGCGUGGUGCACACCGGUGAGCGCGCCUUCAAGUGUGGGGUGUGUGCAAAGCGCUUCGCACAGUCGUCCAGCCUGGCAGAGCACCGGCGGCUGCACGCUGUGGCACGACCCCAGCGCUGUGGUGCCUGUGGCAAGACCUUCCGCUACCGUUCCAACCUGCUGGAGCACCAGCGGCUGCACCUGGGGGAGCGCGCCUACCGCUGCGAGCACUGCGGGAAGGGCUUCUUCUACCUGAGCUCUGUGCUGCGCCAUCAGCGCGCCCAUGAACCGCCAAGGCCCGAGCUGCGCUGUCCGGCCUGCCUCAAGGCCUUCAAAGACCCCGGCUACUUCCGCAAGCACCUGGCAGCCCACCAGGGUGGCCGGCCCUUCCGCUGCUCCUCCUGCGGUGAGGGCUUCGCCAACACCUAUGGCCUGAAGAAACAUCGUCUGGUGCACAAGGCUGAGGGCCUCGGAGCCCCGGGGGCCGGAACCGGGGCCCUGGCCGGGAAGGAUGCCUGAGGCUCUGGCUACUCCAACCUUGUGUCCUCUCUGGACUCUCUGGACUCCCUUCUGUAGGGCUGUUGGUCAAACUGGUUCCCCCAACUCUCUGUCCUGUCCUUCAGAACUUCAGACUGCCUGGUCUCCCUCAGGGUCUGGGCCUUGCAGACUCCAGAUUGAAUCACCCCCUCCUUGACCUCUCGGCACCCCCAACCAGACUCUGACUCUCGGUCCAAAUCUCCUGUCACCCUCUCCAGGCACCCCCAGUGGUCCUGCAUCCCAGGGAGUGAGUGCUUCGAUGGAGAUGCAGCUGAACUGCACACCCCUCCCUUUGGAGUCUGGCUGGGCUGUGGGAUAUGCAGAGCUGGGAUCACGGAAGGGGGUGCUUUUAGAUUGUGGGGUGGGGGGUCGGGGUGGCAAACGCCUCUUGUACAGAGCAGAGAACAAUAAAUCUUAACAACAGA